GCUGGGACUGUGUAGAGACAAGUGAAAGGAUGAUGGAGGCUGUGAAGGAGUAUCUGGAAAGAAUGUGGCGAGCGAGGUGUAGGGAUCAUUACCGAAGAGAAAUGCUACUUUUUUUCUGUUUUGUCUUUUUUGUCCUCUACAGGAGCAGUCGAUCCAAAGGCCUGGCUCUGGAGCGAUCCCGAGCCACCUGUAGCAUCAAAAUCAAGAUCAAGAUCGGAGGCGCCGCAGCAGAUGUUGGGCCAUGGGCCCAUGAUUGAGACUGGCCACGGGGCACAGACAUGUGGAAAUGUUGACACUGUUGAGUCUGACGUGGUGACUUGGUGAGACCGUUAAAGAUUUAGUAAAUAAACGCUCUGCUCUGGAAAUCAUUUACAAAAACAGAAAGUAAACAGCUGACAUAAAAGGGAGAAUGGAUGAUGGAGAGAAACGACUAGAGAAGAAGAAAGAGAGGUGUGUCAACACAUCAAUGGUACAUUUACAUGGUUUAUGGAAAAUCAACGUUGUGACUUCUGUAACCUGCAGCAGCAAGACCGCCAAGCAAGCAUGGAGGACACUGUAGUCCCAAAAGGAAGGAACAACCGCGAAAAGUGAAAGCUAGAAGUAAAGAAGAAAGAUAAUGGCUAUAAUGUGUGAUGCAAGUAAGGAAUGGUUCCAUGCAAGAUGCGGGAAAUGUAAGCUGAACCUGUAUUGGAUACUACAGGAAAAGGAGGACCAACUCUGGUUCUGCCCUACUUCCAAACCUAACAUGGUGACGACUGUGCAGAAAUGAAGAGGUUGAGUGGAGAAAAUACAGCGAUGAAGAAACAAAUGUAGGAGCUAAGAGAGAAAUAUGAAAAGUUGAUAGAAAGCAUAAACCAAGCAAAAGAUUGAAGGAAGGUAAAAGAGGAAGGCAUAGUUGAAAGGGCAGCAUGUGAGGCGGUAUUACGGAUGGAAAAAUUGCUGGAGAAGACUGGGAGAAAAAAGAUGGGAAGAAGAGGAAGAAUCUAAUCAUCUUCAGUAUGCCAGAAUCGACAAAACAAAUAGACAAAGACAGGAAGAUUGAAGAUGCCAAUAGAUGUGACAAGGUGUUUUGGGGAUAUUUUGAAGGUAGAAGAAUGCAAGAUUGAGAAAGUACUUAGAUCAGGAAAGAAACAUGGAGGGAAGGUAAAGCCAGCCUUAGUGAAGUCAGAAGAAAAGUCAAAGUGGCACAUAAUUUCAAGAGCAAGGUACCUGAAACAAGAAAAGGAUGAAAUAAAUAGAAGGCUCAUCAUUGCACUAGACUUACUCAACAACAAAGAGAAGAACAUUUCAAAUUACGACAGGAGGGAAAGAGAGAGAGGCACCAUAAGAGGAGGAACAAUAGAAACAGAUGUUGACGAGGAAGCAACAAUGAAAAGGAAAGUCAAACAAAUGGAAAUGGAAAAAGAAAGAGUGUGGAAUAUAAGUUAUGAAUAUACAGGGCCUAACACAAACAAAAAUGAUAGAUAUUGAAAGAUUAACAAGUGAAAAUCAUGUGAUGUGUUUGAUGGAAAUUCAUGAGAAGGUGAGAAAGGUAAAGAUUAGUGAUGAGAGAAAUACAAGACAAAAAAAGGCAGAGGAGUGAUGCAUCUGUAUAAGUAGAGUGACUCACUGGAAUUAAGGAAGCAAGAAAGCACAAUGACAUCUCUUAUAUGUCAAAGGAUCUGUUUGGGAUUAGUAUUAGCAUAGAAGUGCUUUAUUUUGUAACAAAUGAUGAAGAAAGGAAUAGAAAAAUGAGAAAAGAAAUAAAAAAUGCAAUAGAGAAAACUUAAUCUUGGGAGACUUUAACUGUCAUACUGGUUUCUAAGAUGCACAAGAAUUAGAUGAUAACAGAAAAAUUAUUCUAGAAUGGUUGGAAAGGUACAAUAUGAUAAUGUGUAAUGAUGACUUUGAGUGCAAAGGUGAAGUAACGGGGAGGGGAGACAGACAGGAAAGUGUGAUUGAUUAUGUCCAUAUGACACAACAGUUUUAUAGAAUGGAAAUUGAUGAAAAACAAGCAAAGUUUUAUUUAUCUGGUCAUAAUUUGAUCUCAGUAACAUUAAAUGGAAAAGAUAAAUGAGCAAGUGUGGCAGAAACUAGAAGAUGGGAGAAAUAUGAAUAUUUCAAAAAAGAUAAAGCCUCACUAAUGGAGUACAGACAAGAAGUUGAAAGGAUUUUGGAAGACAAAGUUACCAUAAGUAUUGAAAACUUAAAUAAAAUACUUUGGGAAGUAAUGACAGAAAGACUCAAGAGGAAAUGUAGAUGGCAAAUAAAUGGUUGUGGACAAAAACAAACCCAAGAGCAGUCAUAGAUAAAGGACAAAAUCAAACAGAGCAUAAAGAGAAGGAAAGAAUAUAACAAAGCCGAGAGAAAUGCAAGAAUACCACAGGAAGAGAUAUACCUUAAAGAAAAAUAUUUGGAAGCAAAAACAAAAACAGAAAGAAGUGAAAGCAGCAGUGUAUGAAUAUGAAGAAAAACAUUUAAAGAAAUAAAAGAAAACAUAGCUUGUCAAAAGUAGGAGAUGUAAGAAUUAAUGAAGUACAAUGAUCAGAGAUACGAGAAAAGAAGAUGCAAUUAAGGACUAUUGGAAAAACAUCUAUAAAAUGAACAAAAAUAAUGUAAAGGAGGUGUGGAAUGCUGAGACAAAAAGAGCCUACCAUAAACAAAAGAACAGAACAUGUUGCCAGAACAUAAUGUAAAAUUACAAACAGGAAACGAGGAAGAGAAAGACAUGGUUGUUUGGAAUGAAGGAACACCGGAACAUCUGGAUUUAGUGUACACAUUGAAAAGAGUGAUGAAAGAAAAGGAGAACCCAAUAGUUGAAGAGGAGGAAGUAAAAAAAAAAAGUAUUAAGAGUUUAAGAGGUAAAAAAGCAGCAGGACUGGGCAAAAUGAAGGCAGAAUUUUAUAAAGCCCUACAAUCAAUUAUCACAAUUAUCACUUUGCUAACAGGAAGUUUUAAGGAAAUAUUGGAAUAUGGAAAAGUUUCUGAGUCAUGGAAAGAAUCCAGAACAACUAAUAAUACCACAAAAACAUAAAAUCAAAGGAUAUGAAGAAAUAAGGAAAAAGACUAAUUUUGCAGACUAUAUAUAGAAGAAGAAAAUAUAAGACAAUUACUUUUUAAUAAUCAAAAUAUACAAGAGAAGAAAGAAACAGUGAAUGAAAUGUGGAGGAAGAGAGAAAGUCAGUGGAAGAACUUGCUGGACUGAGCAGAAUAAAAAGAAAAGAAAUGACAUCAGGGAAGCGUUGAUACAAAGGCCAAGCUUCUCAACCUACACCUGACCUGAUGGCUGAUCCACUCACCAAUUAUCCUUUGUUACAGCAAAUUUUACCAGAAGCUUAUGAGUAUCGAAUAUGCAACUUCAACGUGUUUGGCAAGGAAGAAAGUCUUCUCUUGCACAACAAGUAUGAGGUGCCCUUCACCAAGUUUGAGGCAACCAUACGCCUCAAGAUCAAGACCAAGGCUGAAGCAAAGCUCUGGAUAAAAAAUCUGGAGAGAGCAUCAGCUGUCACUUGGAGAGUCGAUAAGACUUACCCGAUAUGUGGGGGGAAAAAGACACAGAACAUUUAUCGGAUUGACAUGAGGUGUCAGCACAGAACAUACUCCAGGUCACCAUCAGCCAAUAAGAAGGCAUCAUCAAAAAACACUUGGUGCCCUGCCAAGAUGUUCCUGGUGGUGAAGCGCACACACAUGGCCAGUGGAAAGGUGUCCCAGUCAACAGAUCAGUAUCUGCAAGAAUUUCCAACCCGAGUGUAUCUUGACUUUCGGCACAACCAUCACUUGCUUUCCCCUGAAUCUCUAAGAAAGAGGGAUGUAUCAGAUGAAACCGUGCAAAAGCUGACAGCACUGUACAAGGCCGGGCACACACCACUGACAGCUCUGGAGGUCAUCAAGCGCGAUCUCCAGGCUGACUAUGGGGACCAAUAUAUCUUUGUAUCUUCAGAUCGAUCCAAGUGUCCUGACAAACAGUUUUGUUAUCGGUUGUACUACAAGCUUUUCUACCCAAAGCCUCCCAAGCCUCCAGGGAAGAAAAUGUUGCUGGACCUUCAGAACCACCUCAAGCCUUUUUGUGAGAAGUAUGCCUCUCACUGUGCCAGUAUAGAAAAAACAGAAGAUGAAAAUGUGAUAAUUGCCAUAUGUACACCAAGCUCAAAGAAACAACAGAAUAUAAUGAACAGUGAAGAAAACUUUAGAAACAAUGAUAAUACUUUGUCAGUGCCUCAGUCAAUCCAGGCAUUAGAUAUGGAAAGUUACACUAAUCAGUUGCAACUCAUAGAAGACUUUGAGCCUGAGAGUGAGAUAUGUAAUCAGGCUGUCAGACAUUGCCAGGAGAGUCUCAAGGCUGUGUUUGAUGACUUAGUGGCAAAGGUGGAGUGCAAUCCUGAUAACUUUCUAAAACCCAUCAACAAGUUUGUACAAAGCUAUCAAAAUGCAAAAAAAGAUGAAUUAUUGAAUGCUCUAGAAACUUUUGGCCAGUGUUCAGGGAUAGCUAUGGCAGUGUCAAGAACACUCAGAAAGCAGGAGAGUGGAGGGGAAGGUGGUGAUGCUAAGGAAGAGUCCACCACCAUCAUUUAUCCCAAGAAGAGAAAAGGAAACAGAGAGAAAGUGAUUCGUGCACGACAUCUCCUGCAGACACCGGCCCAGGAGACAAACAGUGACUUUGAUGUUGAUCUGUCAGCCCUGCAGACUGUGACUGAGGAUGUGGUAUCUCAUGAGCUUUCCGACAAUGAGAUGUCAGCUGUGCAUGACAUCACUGAUCACAGUAUGCAAGUGAUGCAUAAUGUUCCCAGUCACUCACCCUCCCACCCAGCCAUUCACCUCCAUCCUGCACAUUUCACCAUAUGUGCUGAACAACAAAGAAGAGCAUAGCCUGUAAGGAAGUCAGUCUACUUGAGAUGAUAUCACAUGUUAAGAAAUCCUAAAACAUUUAUGAGUUUUGCUGGAAAGUUAAUCUCUGACACAGCAAACAUAAGGCAAUGGCAACAAGAUUUGGUUAGCUUAGUCUCAUGUUUGGAAUGGCAUUGAGUUGUUUUGCUACUCAAGUACUGUCUUCUUGCUACCACUUAUAGGAAAGGGAAGCAUAAAACUUUUGAGCCUGCAGUAAGAGGAAAGAAGUAAGUAUGAAAAGCUAAUUCUGAUUCUAUAGUUCAUUUAGGUCAUACUGUUUCUGAAAUGUGAGGUAGCUCAUACUUGCUUUGUUCAGUCCCUAGGAAACGUAAGCAAGAGGAAUUAUUUAGUUAUAAAUCGUAAAAAGAGAAGAUCUGAAAAUGUAUUCAGAUGAAGAGGAAUGUUUUGUGAAGGUGUUUAAGCUAUGUGAGUAGGGGAAGUUGUAAAAAAAAAAAAAAGAAUCAAUAUUUUCUUGUGCAAUAUUAUAUUCUAAUGGCAAACACAAAGGUUAGAAUUUUCAUUAUUAUUGGAUUCUUUGCUGCCAAUUAGUACUCUACAUAUUAUGAAGAUAUUGUAAUCUCUUCCACUACCUGUGACUAGAGAGAAAGCAUUUGUUCUUCUCCAUACACACCACUGUAGCUUCUAUCUUGUAUUACCUUGCAUCCCUCACAAUCAUCUUGAGUAUUUCAACUCUGUCAUACUACUUCAUGCUCAUUCCAUAUCUCUUCGUGUCUGUCAUUUCACUUCUUACCAUUUUCCCUUGAGGUGCAACAUUUGGCUACCUGCACACCUCAAUUCAUCCUGGACCCAUACAUCAGACCCUCCCCUGCUCGUAGCUAAAUUAGUACAAGCAUCUUUCUGAUAACUCAUCUUCAUCAAAUGACAUUGUGACUAAAUGAAAUAUUUUCUGAUCUGUAGAUGAUGAGUCUUGAUAUUUUGCCAUGGUAUUACUCAUGUAAAGUACACACUAUUAUGAGA